CAUAAUGUAUACCAGUACAGUAGCAAAGGUACACAUGUAAUAUUUCUAAUAUAACAAUAAUUUCCUUUACAGGACGGAGGUCUGCUGGCUCCAUGUGAAUUCUAAGUUUGGAAUCUGAUGGAACAGUGUAAGUUAAAAAAUCAAGAAUUAUCUGGCCAACAUAAGUCCACCUGGAGAAUACCUGAUCCCACAGCGACAUUCUCUCACAUCCUACCAACAAUCAAAGACUGUUAUAGCCGAGGACGAAAUAUUGUCAGAAAAUGACAGGGUCGGCCAGGAUCCAUAAUCAAUAUCGAACAGACAGCAUUCACCUGGUCAACGUUACAUAAAAACUCUGUUUCACCAUACCGAGUGUUCUAUAUAUAUGUCGGCUGUGUUUACCUUGUGAGGUGAUGCCUUAUCACUGACGGAAGUGUAAUUAUACUAAUAUGGUAUUAGAUUAAAUUACCACCCAAAGAAAACGCUUUGAUUUACAUUCACAAUAACAGUGAUGUUUGUGGCAGAGUGACAUACCAGGAAAACUACUGUGGAUUUGGAAAUAUAAUACCUUUUAUGGAUUAAAAAUAAAAUUCUCACCAAACGUGUUAAACCAGAUGAAAAAGCCCAGUUUACAAAAUGGAUUAUUUCCUCUUCCAGUUUGUGAUACAAGCCAUACUGAUUCAUGGAUUUAUUGAGUAAUUGCUGAUGGUCAGUAAGGUGUGUAAAUCUUAUUGAAAUAUUCUUCAUAGAAAUUGACCCCAGGAUUUAUGUGGAAUCAAUACAGAUGAAUGAGCAUGGUGUAUGAAGAUUCAGCCAGGCUAAAAUACUAUGUGGAUUAUCGAGGAUUUGAAUGUGGGAUUCUUACAGUCAAAAGACAAAGUGAAUCUUUUACCAACAUGGAUAUUUGUGGAAUAAUCUGAAGCAUUAACCAGAAUGUUUGGAAGCAUGUAAGGAAAUCUGUUGAUUUAGAUGAGGAACAUUAUGGAUUUUAAACGCUAUGGAAAACUGAAUUCAUAUAUUAAAUGCAGUGGAUCAAUUGAUGGGAUAUUGUGGAUUUCGUAACAGAGUAAUGUGGAUUCAGACACAGCUUGAUAAAUGUGGAAUUAGCAACAAAGUUAUGUGGAAUUCAGACACUAGAAUAAAGUGGAUUCAUACGAAGAAUAAUGUGGAUUCAGACAAAGAAUAAUGUGGAUUUCAUUACAGAGUAAUGUGGAUAUGGUAAUAAAAGUAGAUUCACUUGAGGAAUACUGCGGGUUUAAUUCAAUGUUGGGUAUGAUACACAAAGUUUUUACCAUUUGAACUAAGCUGCCAGUUUCAAUGUAUCGGGUGAUAAGAUUUAUGGUCAGCUGCAUUUUGGAGUUGUCUCCUCUUUGGUGGUGCUUUGGAAUAAUAGCCGAAACAAUAUCAGAGGAAACAUUCAAUGCAGAAACGGCAACAUCCACUGGACAGGAAAAUGGCACUGAAACUGAUGUUUACAACACGACAGUGACCAUGGUAACGAGUUAUCAGCUCUCCCGUGUGGAGGUAGGAUUGACAAAGGGGGUCAUUUAUUCCCACAGAACGGCAAUCAUCGUCAUUAUGAGCAUAUUUGUGUCUAUCACACUCACAAUUACGAUUGCAAUUCUAAUGUUUUGCAAAAAGAAGAAUUCCGUGUUUAUUUUACAGAAAUGUGAACAGGACACGGAUACGGUUUAUGAAAUGGAUGAUAUGAACACAGAGUGUGAUUUCAGUGACCAGGACCUUGACAUUGACAGCUACAACGAAAAUCUGCAGGGCCUACGAUCGCAGACAUACCCAAAAAUGUCACGGCUGUGCGAGUACGAAUUGGACAGUCCAAUUCCAGGGCGGACUUCUUGUUUGGUUACCAAAGACCCAAACCAAGCAUCUAACACCUCUAUACCAAAAUCAAAAACAUUUUCUGGGCUGCGAAAAAAUCGCAAUUUAAGAGAAUGUGACAUAAUGUUUGCAUUAAAUAAACGUCGUACAUUUUCUCGAUCUGAUAUUAAGCGUCCAACAAGUCUUCCACUAUCAUCAAGUUUUUCUAGCUCAAGUUCCUGGUACAAUUACCAAUCGAUGGUAAUAACGGCAGAUGUGGAACCCUGGGAAAAUUCCUCGUCAGAUCUUUGUUUUCCUAAUACAUCAGAAAAUAACAGCAAUUCUCUUGGAUUGAAUUCAAAACAGUUUGAUCAAAGUGAAGGAAACUUCUCAAAGUGUAGUCUCCAAAGUUCAACAAGACAACCGGGUAUAAAAGACGAAAGUUUUAAUGAAAUGGAUGAGGAGUUACAUGUGUGUACGCCAUUAUUACAGAGUAAUAGCUACAGUAAUGAUACAACGGACAGAUUUUUGUUCCCAUCACAAACAAACAAAGAAUACAUUCCAAAAACUUCCAAUCAAGACAUGUGUUACAAACCUUUAUUAGAACCAGAUCAGUCAUUAAAUCAUCCAUGUGAACCAGAUCAUGAUCUUCCAAUGAUCACAAAUAGGUCAAAAAAACAAUUAUCUCCAGAUCAAAGUUCAAAUUCUAAUGGUGGUUUCACACAAACUUCUGUUACUAUGGGAAGUAGGACAAAUGUCCCAUCUGAACCAAACUCUGAUCUGACUGGUCAAAAGAAAGGACAGAUGGGUACACAACCUGUCUCCCCCGACGACAUUCAUGGAAAGCUUCAAUUCUACUGGGAUAACAACUCCUGACUUAUGCAUAUUAUAAUUCGAGAUAUAUCAUACUCAUAGGUUUUACUCCAAUUUACUUAAUAUGCAUGAAUUUAAACUCUAGAUUUUUAAAGGAUUAUGAGGAAUUUUUAAAAUAUUUAAUAUUAAUACAUGUAUUUUUGGUUGUUGUCUCAGUCAGAACCAGGACCCUGGUAUUUAAUUUUACACAGCUAUGUCCUCUAAACAUUAUGCAGCGAUUAAAUAUUUCUAUAAAUUUGUGCAUAUAAAUAUUCAACGUGUAUUUAUUUUUGUGCCCCAUUUGAAGAUCCAAAUAAAGCAAAAUGAAAUCCCCACGAAUAUUGCCAACUAUACAGUACAACUGAGCAUAUUAUCAGGGAUUCCAAUUUUCAAGUUAGAUUCAUCUUCAACAUAUUUUUUUUCUAUGAAAUUUAUUUAGAUAUUGUCCAUUAUUACAAAUGCAGAGGCUACAUUAACUUUGGAAAAUUGAAAAAUAAUUCAAAGUAAGUUUUAUUCUUUACAAAAUCAGCCUCGGCCCACCAACAUUCUAUUAUGAUUCAGAUCUUAAUUCGGGUUACUGUCUCCUCACAGAAAGUUCAAUGGUAACUGAGGCUGAAGAGCUGCUCAUCACACAAUGAUAUUAGCAGAAAGACAUUUCUCAUCUCCAUAAAACCUCCAGGAAAUUCUAAACAUGGUUUCUAACUAAUCUAUAUAACUUCCGAGUUAUGUUGUUAAUUUAAAUAAAUAGACAUGUUAUUGGUCCUAUGGUUUAUUUUGUGUGAGAAUGACACCUAAAGAUUAUAUGAUUAUAGUCCCUAAAUGUCCAUGGCAAUGAAAGUUUACAUCUUUGGAAUGAAUUUAAAUUCUGGUAGUUUAACAAUGAUAAUACUGUUGAAUAAUUUAUCUAACAACACUUACAACCGGUGGGAAUUUAUCGCCAGGAGAAGAUCUACAGAGAGUAAAUGCCAAAAUGUAUUGAUCUCGAAACUUUAUUUUGUACAAAAUAUUUCAAACUAAUUACAUUUCUUGUCUUGCUGGUAUCUAUAGCAUACAUUUAAAGCAUUGUGUUGUUACUGUAUAUAAUUUUUACAAAUAAAUCUUUUAAACAUUUUUAUAAUAUUCUACACAAAUACGUAUUAAUAUAUUUAUAAUGUAGAGCAUCUCACGUCAGGUCUAUAUGAAUAUUCAUAAAAUAUUUAAAAUGACAAUUCCUGUCUGAUCUGCAAUCCUCAAUCCAAAGAAAUUAUAUCACAGUGCAAUUAUUAAGGUCAGGUCUAAGGUCAAUAAUGCUGACAGUUCAUUUGAUACACAGAUCGUAUAUGAUAAAGAAAGGUCAAGGUCAAAUAAUCUAAACACAAAUGUCGAUCAAAGUCAAUUACAGGUUGUCUGACCACAAAGGUCAAUCAAAGUCAAUUACUGGUUUUUUGACCACAAAGGUCAAUCAAAGUCAAUUACAGGUUGUCUGACCACAAAGGUCAAAGUCAAUUACAGGUUUUCUAACCACAAAGGUCAAUCAAAGUCAAUUACAGGUUUUCUGACCACAAAGGCCAAGGUCAUUUACACUUACAGUGGUACAACAAUAGUAAAAGGGUAAUUAACACACAAAAGGUUCAGACUUUGAAUUUAAAGAUCAGUUACACAGGUUUUGAUUAAAUUACAAUGUACAAGUUUGUAAACAUUACUGUCUGAGACAUAAAAAGCAGUUUUUAUCUAAAUGUGCCAUUGUUCAUGUGAAUAGUAUUUUUGUCUUAUUGUUAAUUGUGUAUACAUGUACAUGUUUUUGCUCUGUCAUUUCAUAAUCCAGAGUUAUCUGCUCUUGUGAGCAUUUAGUAUUGAUUGUUACAUCAUUAGUUUUUGCGAUAAAAUUACAUUGUUUUCUCACAAAUUCAUGAAGUUAUUCUCACCAAAACAUGUCAUUUUCUCAAAAAUUCAUGAAGUUACUCUCACAAAAUUACAGCGUUUUCUCACAAAGUCAUGAAGUUACUCUCACAAAAAUAAGUUGUUUUUUUCACAAAUUCAUGACAUUAGCUCACAAACAAAUGACUUAAUUUGAUUAAUCUAUACCCACUCACAAGAACAGAUAACUCUGCUUUACAACAAGACGGAAUACCUGCCACGCCAAAGGAUCAAAGCAAGAAACCUGGACAGAUUGAAAUGGUUUUGUUGUCAAAUUUCCAUUUUGAGAUGAAAAAAAAUAUAUUUGAGAAUGCCAAAAUUUACCAAAAUAAACUGGAGGAUCCAAUCAAAGGACUUCACUGUUACAUAUAUUGUUUACAUCAUGUUCCUGUAGCAGGAUAACAUUUAUAACACGGAUAUUGAAAAGCAAUAAUUAAAAUGUUAAUUAGAAA